AUGGGCAAAGUCCACGUGGGCAACUUGGCCGACUCGGUGCGGGAGCCUGACGAGUAUGAAGACCCACGCGACGCGGACGACGCGGUGUACGAGAUGCACGGACGCGACUUUGAUGGGCUGCGCAUGCACGUCGUGCGAGCGGUCGGCAACAGUCCAUUCGGUCGUUAUGAGCGACCGCAGCCGCCACGAGGCAGUGCAUAUCGCGCCAGCGUCACGAACGUCGCCAUUGGCACUUCAUCGUGCGAUCUCAAAUUGCUUUUCACCGACCUCGGCGACGACCUUGUGCACGCUGAAGUGGACCGCCGAGCGCUGCUCGACGGCGCCCGUCUCCACGGCCAACCAAUACACCUUUGCGAGGUACGAUCGUCACAAUCGGCGGGGUCGGUCCCGGUCUCCGACGCCAGAUUUUCGUCGGCGACGCAGCUUCAGUCGCUCACGUUCUCGCUCCUAACUAACAGCAAACUACUGUCGCCGAUCAGCAGUGACAAAAGCUAA